UAUACAGACCCCUCUUAACCGCUUUUUUGUUUUUUCGCUACCUGUUUUUUGUUGUUAACGGAAAUGUGUUUUUUUGUUUUUAGUGUUGGUUCUUUAAUGUUUGUCCCUUAGCUAUCCUCACCUUUCUUUUAGUUCCCAUCGCUGCAACUGCGCCCUUUUACACACUUUAGCCUUCAAACUGUAACCUCCUCUCCAGCACCUUUCCAACCUACCGUGGUGUUGACAAGUGUGUGUGUGUGUGUGUGUGUGUGUGUGUGUGUUCGUAGAAACGCCAGAGGGAGAACCCCUAGCCGUCCAUUGACGGUACCUUUAAACCGGGGCAAUUCAUUCACCCUUCAUAUCAACCGGAUGGCUUUUCCCUAUCAACGAGCCUUACACACACACUUGGGGGUUGUUCGGCGGUGGUGGAAUGUGAGACACACUAUGUGUAUGUGUGUGUGUGUGUGCGUGUCAGUGGCUGAAUCGACAAGGAUCGACCGUCAUCGCCGCACACACAGGUGCGCAAUUAGCUUGAGCCCGGCAUCCGCCGCUGAACCUUUUGUCCACUACAUUUGCGCUUAAACCGGUCGUCCGCUCUCCCGCACUUUACAAAAGCGUGAAGUGCACACACUAACACACACACACACACACACAUCCAUGAAGGGAAAUAACUCUCCCGUUUUGCUUUUUGGGGGAAAAAAAGGCUCGCUGGGCCCCAUGAAAGCCCAGCCAACAGAAACGCGUGAGCGCGAGCGAGAGCGAGCUUGCAAUUGAAACAAAAGCAAGAAAGAAAAAAAAACGGAACGAACACGAACACCACCAAUGUGGGUCCCCAAUAUACCAUGCCAUGCCUGUACAUACAGUGUACGGUUUGCGGGCGGCCGUUUAAAUUAUAUGAACAAACGUGUACCACAGGUGCUGACGGUGGUGGUGGGGCCGCGGCGUUCUCUUCUCUUACCCUUUGCUUCACCUUCGCUGUCCCUGUCUCGCUCUCUCCCUCUCUCUCUCGCUCCCUGGGGCGCCAUUAAAAAGCAUCGGAUUGCGGGCGAGCGACCUGUAAGCGAGCGUGCUUGUGUGUGUGUGUGCGAAAGGUACGAUCCCGAUCGUAACACGCUCGCGAGGGUAGCUCGAGUGUCGCUUCGUUCACGCACCGCUUGUUUGCUUGAGCGUCUCGACGAGAGAACACACGCCCGUAGCGUGCGGCGUCCGUAGCGCGCAUCUCGUGUAUUGGGGGAGCUUACGGACUGUGGGAUUUUUUUCUUUCUUUAGCUGUGUGUGGUGUCUGCCUCCUCCUGGGCACUCCUAGUGUACCCUUACUGUGUGCGGUGCGUGUGUGUGAGCGGAUUGCACAGAAGCGAGCUUCAAGUGCGAUCUUGCCGGGGUGCGAUUCUCGCUCGAAAAAGAGAGAGAGAGACGGAGAGGGAGAGGCAGAAGGAAGAAACGAAACGAAAAAAUGGCAACCGUGCAAGUGCGAAUCAACGCUGAACGCUGCUGUGCCCUUAGCAAAACCUAACCUUGGCGAAAAAGAUCGGUUCGCCUGCCGUGUGCGCGUGUGUGUUUGCGCUCCGCUACUGCUGUGCCGCGGCCGUGCUACAGACCACGGUUGACAAAAGGAUGUGUUUUAGUGAGUGAUGGAAACAGAUAACAAACCAUAAAAAAACUGAUCCAAGCGUUAAGUGAAUCACGGGUUGCGGCGACGACGCUACUAAGUGGCGAUGGCGGCGGCGAAAAAGAACCGAAUUCUAAGAUGGCGCAGCGAAGGAUGAUGAUGGUGGAGCGCUCGAUCCAGCAGCUGCGGGAAAUGGCGAAGACGUGCUGCGCUCGGCUGGAAAAAACUGCGACCGACAAAUGCUCGCACCGAGCGGCCGGGUCUUUCCCAGUGGUGGCCAUGGCGGGGUGAAUCAACUAGGCGGGGUGUUCGUGAAUGGGCGCCCACUGCCCGACCUGGUCCGGCAGCGGAUCGUCGAGCUGGCGCACAACGGCAUCCGGCCGUGCGACAUCUCGCGCCAGCUGCGCGUCAGCCACGGUUGCGUCUCGAAGAUACUGUCCAGAUACUACGAAACGGGCAGCUUUAAGGCGGGCGUGAUCGGCGGGUCGAAGCCGAAGGUGGCGACGCCGCCGGUGGUGGAAGCGAUCGCCGCCUACAAGCUCCAGAACCCGACCAUGUUCGCGUGGGAGAUCCGCGACAAGCUGCUGGCGGACGGUAUCUGCGUGCACGAUAAUGUGCCCAGCGUGUCGUCGAUCAAUCGCAUCGUGCGCAACAAGGCGGCGGAAAAGGCAAAGUACAGCUCACAGCGCUCGGACAACAGCGGCAUGGACAGCCCGCGGAUUCUGUCGCGCAACAAUCAGCAGCAGCAGCAAAGUCAGCAGCAGCAGCAGCAGGAGUGUCUCAAUCAGCAGAUGCAGGCCGACCAGGAAUCGAUGAAGUCACCGCAGCAGGUGGAGAACGUUGCGUCGCAGUCGUACAGCAUCAACGGGUUGCUCGGCCUGUCGCAGAAGUCACUGUCCGGUUCGAGCUCGAAACGGCGUCGCAUCAAGGAAGAUCCCGACAUGAAGGGUAGCAUGCUGAGCUGCAUCAAGCGUGACAAGGAGGCCAAAGACAUGUCGGAGAGCAUGCUGCACGACAGCAUAGGCAAGGGAGGCGGUCAAGAUCAGCAGCAACAGCAGCAGCAGCAGCAGCAGCAGCAGCAGCAACAGGACAAGGGUCACGAUCUGUUCGUCGGUGGUGUGGACUUCGUUAGCUCGCUUGCGAUGGCCCAGGACGAUGGGAACAAUCCGGACAAUCAGCAGGCCGGCUUCAGCAGCAUGCGCACCGGCCCCCGGCCCGGCACGAUGAGCAGCAGCCCGAUCCGGUCGCGCGAAAACGCCCUCUUCCUGCUGGCGGGCGGUGACAAGGCGCACAAGUACCACCGCACGGACGAGCCGAUGCCGACCGGCGUCAUCAUCGAGGACGACAGCAGCGCCCGCAAGCACCAGCAGCAGCAGCAGCAGCAGCAACAAGCACACCAGGCCAACGACGUGAAGACGACCUACGACAAGAUACUCGCCGGCGAGCUCGUACCGGGCAGCGGGGUGAAGCGGACGAGCAGCAGCGCCAACAAUGCCGCCACCGAACCGUCCGCCCUGACGCAGUCGAUCGAGUUCCUGAGCGACAUGAACAACAACAUCGCGCAGAACCAGCACCAGGGCUUUGCGGCGGCCGCGUACGACGGCGCGUACAGUGCGGCGGACGCGGCCGACACGGCCGUCCAGCUCAAUCCGCACCUGGCCGCCUGCUCCUCCAACUACUCCGCCUUCCUGCAGAACACGGACCAGUUCGCGGCGGCCAACCCGGAGCUGAUCUUCCCGACCGCGGCCUACACGCAGUACGCGGCGCCCGGCUACGGCACGUUCAACUACAACUCGUCCUUCGCCAACAACAGCCUGUGCCGGGACCUGGGCCAGAUCCACUACCCGGAGGAGCAGUAGUAGUAGGCGGCGGAAGUGUAGCAGUAAUUGUAGCAAUAAGCAAUAAGGUACGCUAGCGGGUAAAGGAGCCGGCGGUGGUUACGUGGAACGGAGUGAUUUCUUUAGCCCGUACGAAUAUAUAUAUAUAUCGAGGACAACGAGGAGAGGGAAGAAGGAGCGGAGCAGGAGAGGGAAGCGUGUUGUGCGUUGAUUUCCGUGUUAAAGCAGAACACUUAAACAUAUACAAUUUACAAAGAAAAACAAACAAACAAAAACCACUAAAUCACAAUUUACAAAACUGAUGAACAAAUGAUUUAUAUUGCCUCCUUCUCCUGGGAGGAGAAGACGACGUCGACGACGAAGAUGUUGCGCAUUUACACAAACACACACAUACGUGUUACGUACAUUUCACGCGGCCAGUGGGUGGGUGGGCCCGAUCAAGCACCGAAACGGACGGGGGCUCGGUGUUCGCGGCAAAAAAAAUACUCGACCCAAACCACGCGAUCGCGCCCGCGAACGUUUACGCAUUUACUGGAAGAGAGAUACACCAAACCCCUUAGGGAAUGCUGCGCGGUUAUUUUGUCUCUGUCUCUGAAAUUUAUUAAAAUAAAAGCAAAAGUGCUGCACCGAAACCAACA